UGAAGAGACAAGCCCAGAUCAGCAGGGUGAAGCUGGGGGACUUAAGAGAAGGCAGAGGAUCGUGCUUAGAGAUGCGCUGGAGAGAGCUCUGAGCGAUCUGCAGUGAAAGAGUCCUGAGGAGCGCUCAGGGAGCGGGGGCCGAGAGUUCUGGGGGAGUGAGGUGGGGUCCGGCGCAGAGAACCCCAGGGUGGGGAGCAGAUCGAGAGAAGCGAUGGUGAGAUAGCUGAGCGGAGAUCCGCCUAUCAGAAACACAGCGGUGGAUCACAUUCGAGACACCCCGGAGGGCGAUCACUUGGAACUUAGCCGGAGAGUUCCUGGCAUAUAGCAGGUGCUUAAUAAAUGCUGUUCCCUGCUAACCCAGUGCUUUGUACACAAAAAAGAACCAGAGCAGGAAAAGGACUAGCUCAACAACACCAAAACUUGUACCAUUGUGGGUGAGAGUAGAGACCAGGACCUUCUCCACUGAGCAGUGAGCUCAACAUCCUCUACUACGACGUCCUCUAUGGCCAUGGAGACUCCCAACGGAACAGAGCCAUGGUAUGAAAGCCUGCAGGCGGUUCUGAAAGCACUGAAUGCCACAUUACACAGGAGCCUUCCUUGCCACCCAGGACCCGUGCCAGGAUCACUGCUGGGUAACCAGACCCGUGCUCUCCACACUGGUCGAGAUGAUAAUUCCUACAUGUACAUCCUUUUUGUCAUGUUUCUUUUUGCUGCCACAGUGGGCAGCCUCAUCCUGGGCUACACACGCUCCCGCAAAGUGGACAAGCGCAGUGAUCCCUACCAUGUCUACAUCAAGAAUCGUGUGUCAAUGAUCUGAAGCUGUAUGUUUGGCAAGGGAGUGACCUUGGGCCCCCUGAGGCUGGCAGAGACCCAGAGUUCCAGCCUUUCAGAUGUCUGGGGUUGAAUCUGGCUGUACCCAAGAUCAUCCUAGAAUUUAGUGCCAGGUCCACACCAGGUCUCAACCCUCUCAAAAACUGAAGUCUAAAGAGAGAAAAUGAUCUGCCUUAUGUGACACAGGUGACUCAGCCCCUCAGUGCUCCCAUGUGUCAUUCAGUUCACCAAACAUUCACGGCUCUGCUCACAGUGCUAUGGUCAGACCUGUGGGACAUACAUCAAAAAAUAAAAGUCUGUGUUCUCAUGCACCUUAUAUUCAGGUAAAGGAGACAUGUGCACAGGUAAUCAAUACAAAGUAGAUCAUGCUAAGGACCAGAAUGAUUGAAUAGACAUAGGGCUGGAUGGACAGAGUGCUUAAAAGGAGAGAAUAUUUCUAGCUGCGGGUGGUGAGCAAGGUUGACAUCUGGAUGGAGAUGGAAGACCAAGGAAGUCUUCCUGGAAGAGGAGGCAGUCUUUGAAUUGUGGGUGUGUCAGGCAAAGCAAUAUAAAAAGUAAGGUCUGGUCUUCAGGAAGCAAAUGUGCCUUAAUGUUGCCACCUAGGGGACUCAGAAAAGCCAAUUGAAAGACCUGAUAGCAGUCAACCCUGGGAAUCAACUGCUGCCUUCCAAUAUUUUCCUAGCAGUAAAUGAGUAAAAAUAGGUCUGUGAAAGACAGUGAAAUUGAGAGCAAACAAAUCUGCACUAGCAGGCCCAGAGUCAUGGCACCACAUGGUGGAUUGUGGGCAAAGAAGGUAGAAACAAGACUGAGGAAUCUGGGCAUCUCCCCAGCUGUAGCUGUGUUAGGCUCUGGGAUCAACUCCUUGUGAGUGAAUGUGAAGUCCCUGCGGUUUCCUUCUGUGACUUUCCCAACUCAGGGUUUGGAUACAUCUGGGUGUCCUAGGAGAAUGGGGGUACCUCGCAGUGGCUCUAUUUGUCUGUCCAGAUCUCAUUAGCAGGAGCGAGCCGGGGGCACGGACCUUGCCGCUCUGAUAACAAUGAAUGACCUCUGCUGAUUUAGCUGACUGAGAAUGUCGGUCUCAAGCUUUCCCUCUCUUUCAUGAUGAAGGGCUGAUUUAAAGGAAAAAGCCUGACAUUUAUAGAGGAUUUAAAACAGAGUUAUGGAGAGAGGUGAAGGAAUUACAGGUAAAGGAAGAGUUGGUGAGCAAAGCAUGGGGAAGGAAGGAAUUGUGGGUCAUCCAACUGGCUAAGACAGAGAGUUCAUGAUGGGGAGAUACUAGAAAGCACUGGUGAGGGAUUCAAGGCCUGGAAGGCUUUGAAUGCUACAUUGAGGAGUCUGAACUUUGCCCUGUGGGUUACUUGGAGCUAUAGGGGAAAUGUGGUUUGAAAAGAUGACAAUUGAGGGGAAGAAGGACAAUAGACAAUUAUAUACCUCACUCCAGACCUAGGACUUUAGAAAUCCUAGCACACGUCUCAGGAACAAGUAGCUGAGAUAAUCAUUAGGCACACUGAGCUUGGCCACCCCCUCCACCGUUCCAUCCUAUGGAAUGGAAAGACCUCUACUCCUACCCAUCAGGCUUUCAGAUGUCGCCUUUGACCAUCCAGGAACAAAUCAGUCAGAAGGACAAGGCAUAAUAUCAAUGACAGAAAAGAGAAGACUGGGGGAAGAUGGGGAAACAGAGGGGAGACAGUGUACUGAGUUACUGGAAUGUCCUUUUCUGUUUAAAAUAAUAACAAUCCCUCAAGUUUG